GCCUGCGCCGGGCGUGGUCAGUUGACUCCCGAGCUGUUUUCCCGGCCGGUUGGGCGUCUGCCGGGCCGAGCUGCGCGAUGCAGAGGUUGCAGGUGGUGCUGGGCCACCUGAAGGGCAGGCCCCAUUCCGGCCCGGAGCCGGCGCCGCGGGCCGCGCCAUGUUGGAGCAGCAUUCGGCGGCCGGCGGACGAGGACGUGGUGGUGGUACACGGGCGGCGUACGGCCAUUGGCCGAGCGGGCCGCGGCGGCUUCAAGGACACCACCCCUGACGAACUUCUCUCGGCCGUCAUGACUGCGGUUCUCCAGGACGUCAAGCUGAGCCCGGCGCAGCUGGGGGAUAUCUGCGUGGGAAAUGUGCUUGAGCCGGGGGCUGGGGCAGUCAUGGCCCGAAUCGCCCAGUUUCUGAGUGACAUCCCAGAGACUGUGCCUUUGUCCACUGUCAAUAGACAGUGUUCGUCGGGGCUCCAGGCAGUAGCCAGCAUAGCUGGUGGCAUCAGAAAUGGGUCUUAUGACAUUGGCAUGGCUUGUGGGGUGGAGUCCAUGUCCCUGGCUGACAGAGGGAACCCUGGAAAUAUCACUUCACGCUUGGUGGAGAAGAAGAAGGCCCAAGAUUGCCUGAUUCCAAUGGGGAUAACCUCAGAGAACGUGGCUGAGAGGUUUGGCAUUUCACGGGAGAAGCAAGAUACCUUUGCACUGGCUUCCCAGCAAAAGGCAGCCAGAGCCCAGAGCAAGGGCUGUUUCCAAGCUGAGAUUGUGCCUGUGACCACCACGGUCCACGACGACAAGGGCACUGAGAGGAGCAUCACCGUGGCGCAGGAUGAGGGUAUCCGCCCCAACACUACCAUGGAGAGUCUGGCCAAACUGAAGCCUGCCUUCAAGAAGGGUGGCUCUACCACAGCUGGAAACUCUAGCCAGGUGAGUGAUGGGGCAGCUGCCAUCCUGCUGGCCCGGAGAUCCAAGGCAGAAGAGUUGGGCCUUCCCAUCCUUGGGGUCCUGAGGUCCUAUGCAGUGGUUGGGGUCCCGCCUGACAUCAUGGGCAUUGGACCUGCCUUUGCCAUCCCUGUAGCUUUGCAAAAAGCAGGGCUCACGGUAAAUGACGUGGACAUCUUUGAGAUCAAUGAGGCCUUUGCAAGCCAGGCCGUCUACUGUGUGGAGAAGCUAGGACUCCCCCCUGAGAAAGUGAACCCUCUGGGGGGUGCAGUGGCCUUGGGCCACCCACUUGGCUGCACGGGGGCUCGACAGGUCAUCACGCUGCUCAACGAGCUGAAGCGCCGUGGGAAGAGGGCAUAUGGGGUGGUGUCCAUGUGCAUUGGGACUGGAAUGGGAGCUGCUGCUGUCUUCGAAUACCCUGGAAACUGAGGCUCUGGGCUAAAGGCACUACUUAGUCCUGCUCUGGCAGCAAGAAACAAACACCACUACAGAAGUGGCACCAUAUAGGCAAAUCAAGGCACUGCAACUAAUUUGGAAAACGUGAACACUCAUGACACAGUACAGGUGUGGGUGAGGUACUGGGCCACCCUCUGUCAGGGCCCCUCUCACUGGGACAAAGUCAGCGUGGGUGACCCAAGCCACCAUGUGAUUCCUGGGGGAAAUUCCUGUGGAUGAGGAGUGGAGUGGACAUAGUAAAUGUGUCUUAUCUUA